UCUCUCUCUAACCCUCCUCCCUCCCUCCCUCCAUUUUCGCAGCUCCGAAAGUCCGAACACAGCCAUGGCCAUGGCCUCCAGCUCUCUCUCUCUUCACGCCUAGAGAGAGAGAGAGAGAGAGAGAGAGAGAGAGAGAGAGAGAGAGAGAGAGAGAAGCGCAAGUGGGUGUCGCUCUCCUUCCUCUGAGAUGCGUGUCGCGGGACCGGCGAUGCAGUUGAAGAGAGGGCUGACGUUGGGGGAGAUGCAGAGAUAGAUAAGACGGACUGUGUGUUCUCCUGCGCGAACGAUCGAGAUCUUAAAGAUCCUUGCUUUGUCAGGAGCUUCUUUCGAGCUAAAAGUCUCUGUUGGGUUGACAGGAGUUCGGCUUUUGAUUCCUCGGUUCUGAUCCUGACGCUUUGUGUUUCUUGGUAUUAGUCCAUCGGGGGAGGUGGUUUCGUUCGAGGGCGUGUGGAUCCGAUGGCUAGCGCUGCCGCGACCGCCGCGAUGGACUCCCAACCGCAGCCCCGGAACGGCCACGGCGGGGUCCCCCCGCCGGAGCUCGAGCUCGCCGAGUGCGGCUGCUGCGGCCUCGCGGAGGAGUGCACGCCCGAGUACAUCGGCCGCGUGCGGGAGCGGUUCGGCGGGCGGUGGAUUUGCGGCCUCUGCGCGGAGGCGGUGAAGGACGAGGCGGUCCGGUCGGAGGGGGGCAUCGACGGCGAGGAGGCGCUCGGCCGGCACAUGAAGUUCUGCCAGCAGUUCAGGUCCUCGAGCCCGCCGGCGAACCCAACGGAGGACUUGAUAUCGGCGGUGAAGCAGCUCCUGAGGCGGACCCUGGACUCUCCCAGGAAGCCGGGCUCGGCUUGCCGGCCGAUGAUGGUGCGAUCCAAGAGCUGCUUCUCGGCAUUGUCGGAAUGACGGGUCUCGCCUUAGCAUUUCUGGAGAUCACAGGCAGAGGAACUAGAACCGACGAAGAAUAACAUGAUUUCAGGGUAGGAGUUAAAUUUUUUUUAGUUCAGGUUAACGUAGGAUUUGCUGAGCUUUUGGUCUAGUUCAAUGCUUCCCUAAUCAUCUCAACUCGUCCAUUUCUCAUGGCUAAUAUCCGUCUAAUUCCAACCUUAAUCAUUACCGACACGUUAUGCAGAGAAAGGUUGACGGAAUCUUCCCUCCAAACGAAUGUUCUUUUAAGUCCACAGCUCUCUUGUGCGUGUCUCUAGCAUCCCUUCAAAUAUAUAUUGAUGCCUAAUGAUCAUUUCACAGAU